AGUUUGAAAAAUCAGUCAGUAAGAUCAAAACAAUCACAAAGGGGUUAAAGGGCAUAUUCAAAAACAAAUUUUCACAAGUAAAUCAUGGACAGUUCCCAGACGGUGACCACAGCAAAGGAACGCGAGCAGUAUCGCAAGGAGCGUGAGCAGGAAAGAAAGGAUCGUGAACGAGAAAGAAGGGAUCGUGAACGGGAAAAAAGGGAGCAGGAACGGGAGAAAAGGGAGCGUGAACGGGAACUCAAGAAGGAGCAGGAGCGUGAACGUAAACGGGAACAGGAACUGGAGCGCCAGCGGCGUAAGGAUCGCGAGCGGGAAAAGGAGCAGGAAAGGCAAAAGCAACUGGAAUGGAAACAUGAUUUGGAUAAGGAACUCAAGCGUGAGCGGGAAUUGGAGCGGGAUCGUCAAAAACAGGAAGCCUCCAAAAAGCCAAAUUCGGAAAUCGCAAAGUUUGAUGAGGAGUUCCAACGGGUCAUUGCAGAUUUGGAGCGCCAGGUGGUUAGCCUGGACUUUCGCUCCAAGACAAUGGCCACCAUGUGGAUGGACAAGCUGCGCCAAACGCCUCACAAUGCUGCCGAGGCCAGAUCGAGAAAUAUAAUAGCAGCCCACUUGCUCAAAUGCAGAGGGGAAAAUAUAUUCACAAAGGAGCCCUUCAAUCAUCCCCCACCAGUCGAUAAUUUGUCCACCAUCAGAGAAAAAAUGUACCUGACCCGCGAUAGUAUGUGCCAUGGAAUGCCAUUGGCCAAAGAGGCAGAACCGAACUCUCAUUUAGUCAAACUGUUCAACGACUCAUACGAUGGUGGGGAAUUCCUGAGCCGGCUUCCCGUGCCACGCGACGGCUCCUUCUUCAUCCUGCACUUGCAUCCAAAUUUAUAAAAAUUUGUAACCUUUCUAAAUUUAUUAUGAAAAUAUAAUUUAAGCACUGUCUCUAUA